UGGCAAAGCGGACAUGAAUUUUUUUCAACUUCCUUUCGCUUCCGCAGCUCGCCAGGCUUCAGCAUGCCACCUAAGGAUACAAAGCAGAAGAAGGAUUCUGGCAAGUCCAAAAAGGACAAGGAUCCCGUCAAUAAAUCCGGAGGCAAGGCGAAAAAGAAGAAGUGGUCCAAAGGAAAGGUGAGGGACAAGCUGAACAACUUGGUCCUCUUCGAUAAGGCUACGUAUGACAAGCUGUACAAAGAGGUCCCCAACUACAAGCUCAUCACACCUGCUGUUGUGUCUGAGAGGCUGAAAAUCAGAGGCUCACUUGCUAGGGCAGCUCUCCUCGAACUGCUUGGCAAAGGUAUGAUCAAGUUGGUGUCAAAGCACAGGGCUCAGGUGAUCUACACACGCAACACCAAGGGCACAGAUGAGGCUGCACCAGAGAAGGAAGCAUAGUGAGGUUUCACUCUGGCACACUCUGGCAUUUGUAUAGUUAAAUAAACAACAAAAAAUUA